CUGUUUCGUGAUACGCUGUCUACAGACUGUAUGCAAUCUUCUGAAAAACUGGUUGGCCGGUCGACUCCUCGAGCUUACAAGAUUAAUUGGUCUGUUGGCUCAUACGGCAUCUUCAUCCGUCGUCGAUCAAAGCACCAAGCUACAACCCACUCUCCUCGGAAAUGGCACGAAUUUCAUGCAUCAUGGUUGCGCAAUUACUUUGAUCAAACCGAGCUGCUACGAUCGGCUAAUUCAUUUACAUCCCGCAUCCCUACUUGCUCAGCAGCCAAAGUUUCUCCCUUUUACAUGGAUGGUGAUCCAGAAAUCACAUUGUCAGCUCCCGUUUCUAAUUUAGAGCAUAAUGAGGAUGACCUAAGCAUUGGUGGAACUCCAGAAGGGGUUUCUCAAGCUCCAAGCCGUUUAGAAUCUUCUGAGACUGAGCAUACUGCACUUACCCUCACUGAGCCCGUCAGAACUGGCGGGUUUCGUGAAGAGGCUUCAAAGAGGUCGGUAUUUGGGUCUCGUCCACCUGACAGGUUGCUCAACAAUUCUGCAGGUGAAGGGAUCACGGAAGAUAAUAUAAAGCUGAAUAUCUCGACAAAUGAGGCAAAGAUUGAUUACAUAGAGGACGAUGAGGCGAUAAAUAAGAAUAAGUGUGAGGCCAAAGCCGUUUCUUCUGAUUCCCAACAUGAUAUUUCCUUGACAGCCCAAGUUCAGUUACAUCAAGAACCAGUGGCGAAUAAAGAACCGAAUGGAGCUGUGAAAGAAGAACACGAUCCUGCUGAGUACACACAUGAGGAAUCCUCCAGACUUGGUCAAUCCAGUUUAUCUGACCCGAUACGCUUAAAAGCCUCGGAUAUUCAUUAG